AAAAAAAAUCAAUUAGUGUGGUAAACAUUGUUUUGAUCGUCCUCUUUUUGAACUGACAAAUGUUUUCAUUUUUCUGUAGAGUGUGUCAGCAAUUACUGUAAAAUCCAAGAAUAGAUUGCUCUCAGUUUCAAUAAGUAAAACUUUCUUGAAAAUUGGACUCUUCAGCAAAACUUUCUCUACCCCCAUUUCUCUCUUCAAUGAGUUAAUGUUAAAAGCAGAGUAAAAGUUUUCAGUUUUGUGUUUUAUGUUAUGGCAGAGUAAAAGUUUUCAGUUUUAUGUUGAACAAGUGAAAUAGGUGUCUGGUAUAAAUGGCAAAGAAGAGGCAUAGGACGAUUUUGAACAAAACAGAAAUUGCAGAAGAUUGGUGUUUCGAAUGCAAAGACGGUGGAAACCUUAUGAUUUGUGAUUAUGGGGACUGUUUGAAAGCUUAUCACCCUGUAUGUGUGGGGAAAGAUGACUCAGUCUUGACAAGUGAUAUCCAUUGGACAUGUGGAUGGCAUACAUGCUUAGUUUGCAAGAGAAGUUCAAAUUAUCAGUGUUAUUGUUGUGAUAGAGCUGUAUGCUAUCGCUGCAUUGGUCGUAUCAAUUUUGUCCUUCUUAAAGGGAAGCACGGAUUCUGCAAUAACUGCCUAAAGCUCGCAUUGCUUGUGGAAGAAGACAAAAGUAUUGAUUCUGAUGGGGAAAGCGUAGACCUCAGAGAUCGGGAAACAUACGAGGGCCUUUUCAAGGAGUAUUACGAGAUAGUAAAAGAAAAAGAAGGAUUUGACAAGAAUAGUCUCCUUGCUGGUAAGGCUAAACUAAACAAGGCGAAGAUUAGCCAAAUUAGCUCUGAUUCAGAUAAACAUAGUGAAGAAGAGGACGAACACAGUGAAGAAGAGGAUGAUCAGAUUUCUUCAGACAAUGAAGAUUUCAGUGACAGAGAAUCUCAGAAGAAAAGGCUUAAAAAGAAGAGAUGUACACAGCAUAAAACAAAGAUGCAAAGAAGUGUCAAUUUAAAGAAAAAAGUAUUUGUUGGAUGGGGAUCAAAAGCUCUAAUUGACUUUCUUCAGUUUGUUGGGCAAGAUACCAGAGAAAAAUUAUCCCAAUAUGAUGUGACAUCGAUAGUAACCAAAUAUAUAAAAGAACAUAACCUAAUCCAUCCAGUUAAAAAGAGAAGAAUCCUUUGUGAUGCUCGGUUACAAGCUGUUUUUGGGAAAAAAGUGGUAAACAGACACAGAAUAUUUAGCCUCCUUGAAAGCCAUUUUCUUGAAAAUGAGGAGCAAUUACAAAAGGAUGAGCUUGAUUAUGAUCUCGAAGACGAUGACACAGAAAUUUUGGUGGCUCCUAAAACUGAGAAAAAGGUUGAACAAAAGAAGAUAUCCUCAAUUUGGUAUUCAACUGCAGCACAAAGUCAAUUUGCAGCCUUGAUUCCUAAAAAUAUCAAACUCGUUUACCUGAAGAGGAGCUUGGUGCAGGAGAUGAUCAAGCAGCCUGAGUCCGUUGAAACCAAGAUUAUAGGAAGUUUUGUUCGGCUCAAGUUAGAUCCACGUGAUUAUGAGCAGCGUAACUCUCAUCAGCUUGUGCAAAUUGCAGCGAGUAUUUCAGGGAUCAAGCUCAGAUCAAGUGAUAAGUGCAACAGUGAGACUUCAAUUCAAGUUUCAAAUAUGGCCAGAGAUGUUAGCUUGACCAUGCUUUCAGAUGAUGAGUUUUGUAAGGAAGAAUGUGAUGAUCUGCAGGAGAAGGUGAAAGCGGGUCUGCUUGAAAAGCUUACAAUUGUAAAGUUUUCUUGCUUGCAGUUUCACAUUACCAUUACGUUGAAACAUAGUCAAGAUGUUAUUGUGGAGCUUGAACAGAAAGCUAAAAUCCUUCAUGAGGACAUCACAAAGCAUGGGAUUGCUCGAGAGCUGGAAGUGUUGCAAAAAAAAAUUGAUCGAGCAAAUGAGAAAGGAUGGAGAGAUGAACUUUACAAGUAUCUGCAGGAAAGAAAGCUCCUACAGGAUGCUUCAUACCUGUCAUUUAAGCUGCAUAAUAUUCCUGCAGUGAUUCCAGAGGAAGUAGAGCUUGAAUCUCUUGAUAGGAAUGAUGAGACAACCCCUGUGAAACAGAAUAUUCCUGGAGCGACUGCCGAGAAAGAUGAGAGGGAUGGCAAUUAGAUAGCGUCAAUGUGCAGAUGAGACGACUCCUACUGUAGUUGUCAAAUGUGAAUUGAAAGAUGGAGCACCUGGCUCAGGUAGUUAGUAUAUGUAAUGUAGCUUUUUGCAACUCCCGUCUUCUCCUCUCUUGGUCAAAUUGGCGUUUGUGUCUUUACCAGUUAAGACUUUUUUUUCGAACCGCUCUAGUUGUUAUAAGAAAAACCAGGUGUAGUCAUUUUGCUCCUGCCCUAUAUCAUGAUUCAUGAGAAUGGAUCAAGGGUUAUAUGGUGUGUUCUGUUCAACUUAAUGCAGCUUAUCCCAGAAUUUCUCGUCUGGACUUUGCAUGGAUGUAAUAUCCAAACUAAUAUUUACAGUCAAGAGUAGUAUACUUCUCUCA